AUGGUUUUCAAGAGCGGUCUAACGAAGGCGGAGCAAGAGAAGGCACAGAAUGAGCUCAACGAGGAUCCAGCAACGAUAAACGAAAAAUUGAAGAGCUUAGGAGCAAUUCUCGUGAUAGAUUGGCCGGAAGUUUUUGGCGAUUUGAAAUGGACACCGGAGAUCGAAAAAGUCUUCGACUCUGGCGUUAUGGAACUUCUGGAGCCGGAAGAUGAUGGAUGCUGGGUUCUGACUUCUGCUUCGGGCAGGUGGGAUCCUGCUGAAAUUCCGGCUCAUGCUCUUCAUCAAGAAAAAGGUUUCAAACUAAAGCGAGACGCAGAUGUACAUGGAAUUCGCUUCAUUAUCGAUCACGGUGGAAUGAGCUGGAGUCGAUUUCGCGCUGUCGGUCUCAAAUCAGCAAAAAUGGGAGGGCGUUUCGAUGCCUGUUCGCCCUUCAGAAACAAACGAUCAUUCGUUUUGAAUUGCCCAGGUUGGCUCGAGACUGUAUUCAACAUCGUCAAAAAGUUCUUUUCGAAGAAGACUCUCGAGCGAGUCGUCAUUUUGCCGAAAGGAGCCGAUUGGGAAGAGCUCUACAAAGAAGUUCCUAAAGAACGUUUGCCUGAGUACUUGGGAGGAACAGCACCAUCUUGUGAACAAGCUUGGAUAAAGGAUUUGAAAGCAAACUCGAAGCGAAUAGAGAAGAAGUUUGAGUUUAUGAAGGCGCUCUGCGAUCCAAAUUUUGUCCCAGAAACAGACGAAACUGACAAUGAGCUGUCAGAAGAAAUGGCCAAGUUAGAAGUAGAAGCGAAAAAGGGAACCCUCUUCUAA